AGAAACAAUGGUGAAGAUUGCUUCUUCUCCAGGGCUUCUUGAUGUGCAUAGGAGUAAGGUGGAAUCCUCACAACAAAUCAUUGAGAAAGAAGUGAAAACUGAUGGCACUGGAAAGAAGACAAAGAAGAAAAGAAAGAAAUCACGAAGAUCAACUGGGGAGAAUCUACCUCUUGUGGAGAUGAAAGAUCCAAACUCUGAUACUUUUGAGCUAACACCGAUGAGUACCACUUUGAAUGACACUACUAAUGAGCAUACCAGUUACAUGAAGCCCAUGAAAGCUCCAUCACAUACAUCUGAAGGAAAUAACAAGGGUGGUCCUCCUCACCGAUCAUUAAUGUGGAUCUCCUAUCGGUGA